AUGGCGCCCACUGCAGAAAAGCCUAAUAAUGACCAAGCGGAAGUUGAGGAGAAGGGCAAUGAUGAAAACAAGUCUGAUCCAAGCAAAGAAGGCACGCAAGAUUCACAACAACCUUCAUCGUCCGCGCCGAGCCUCAUACGGGCUUCGACGACUCCUCAGCUCUCCGCCAACUCAUCUGCCACAACCUCUCCCAAACCUUCACGUGAAGGUUCGCCCGUACGACCUCCUCUGAAGCCCGGCGCAUCAACGGGAAGCCGACUGACGACUAGGUCGAGGAAAAACAGUCAGGAUCUGAGUCCGAUACGAGGACCGAGCGCAAAUAUACCCACGGUGCCGUCUGCAGCUGCCAUUCAAAGAGCUUUAUCGGCGACAGGUACCCCACAUUUACCACCCUCUACUGCAGCGGACUUUGCUGUUGAUACGCCACGGCCUCAGAGGGCCAACAAAGGACCGGCUGGCGGCUCUCAGCACUCCGGAUCCAGCGUGCUCCGUGUCAAGUCUCCUCCGCCAUCUGCAUCAUCUGGAACAAACAGCUCUUACUUAACAUCUCGCAAGAUCGAUCAAUCGCAGUCCACACCUACAACUCCUACUAUUGUCGUCGAACGUCCUACUCGAAGCUCUACUUUUGGCAGCGAAUCAGAUAUACCGGAGGAUGAUCACCCAGUAAAGUCGGGAAUGCGGACGCCAGUUCGAAUUAUAAGUGGGAAUGGCCCAGCACUCGAGACUGUACAAGAGAGUAGCCUUCCAGCUACACCGGCCAUCGGCACAAGAAUGACUCACACAAGCAAGGGAGGCUCAAACGAUCACCCAGAGCGGAUUGAGGAGAACCCAAUGGAAGAGGCGUUCGGAAAGGAAGCAGACUCAAGGCCCGAAAGUGGAAAUGACAGUGCAGGCAGUAAGCGUGCUGGAGCCAAGGGCGCUGAUGGCAACAAAGAUACACGGAAACCAGCAACCGCUGCCAACUCUGCCAAGCCGCCGGUGGUGCAGUUAAAGAAGUCGUUCACGCAAUUGCCGUUCACGAAGAGUAAGAUCCCCGCUAGUGAUGGGUCUGUCAAGAACAUGACCGUGGAGACCGAAACCGUCAGCUCGAUACCACAGCUCGCUUUGGGAGGUGGUGCUGGUGAACGACAUCCCCUUGGUAGGACGGAGACGGGAGGAAGUUUGCGCUUGAAGCCUAGUAAUGAGACGAUACGGCCCAAAAAGGAGAAAAAGAGGGUGGUGCGAAAGGCGCCCUCUAUGAAUUCUGGCACAGCCUCCUCAAAAGCAGACAUCUUCGAAGCAAAAGUCGCAAGUGCCGUUGAUGAAGCAGAUUCAUCAGACUCUGAAGAAACUUUCGUCUACGAAUCCAAUCCACCAGAGCCACAUUCAGCCCGCGCAAAUCGUUUCCACUCCCGUACCCCAAGUGCGACGUCCACCGCUAGUCACCAUGACCAUUACGGUGCUAAAGGGAGACACGAGGGACAUCAUAGUGUUGUUGGUAAGAAGAGCAUGAAGUUUUCUAACAAUUACAAUUCUAUUGGAUACUCAAAUGAAGGCGGUGAUGGGACUGUGAGAGGUCCAAGUCAGACUGGGCGACCGGCCAGCGGAAAUACAACUCAUCACCACCACAUUGGGCGAUAUGGACGUGGUGGCCAUGCAUCUCUAUUUGACAGCGACUCUCCGUUCCCAAAUGCUACCAAGUCUACACGUUCUGCAACCGGUCACGUUUCUCCCCGCAGCUCACGGAAUCCUCAAGCUGUCCAUGUCACCAAAAGCCCACGCAAGAUUGAAGAACUUAUGUCAUACGAUUUUGAAGGCGAAGGUGCCGACGAUGAGCGAACACCGUUGAUAGGCUCCGUCCGUAGUGGGCGUAAUCGUCGACGGCCGUUGCCUGGGAGUGUACGACACAUCUAUUCAGAAAACAGAGACCACCGUUGCUGUGGUCGUGUCACAGCCUUUACGGGUCUAGGCAGCGUUUUGGCAGUUUUGAUAGCCGCAAUUGUGAUGAUCCUCGUCAUGUGCUCCAAGCCAUUGAUCGAUGUUCAUGUGAAAGACAUUCGUAACGUUCUUGCAUCGGAGCAAGAGAUAAUGCUCGACCUUCACGUGCACGCCAUGAACCCCAACAUUCUCGCUAUCCAAGUCAGCGAGCUCGAUGUCAACAUCUUUGCGAAAAGCAAACACGUCGGUACAAGCUCUUUAUGGCGAUCCGGUCAUCCACAAACAUCAACUCGAAAACUCCGAUCCAAGUCGCAAAAAAACGAAGCUGCUUCCCAACAAGCUCCCCCGCUGCUUGACCCCUCAGAUAUCAUCUCCCAUUUUGACGGCGGUGUCGACGAAGGCACAGAUCCUAUUGACGACCCUACCACCGACUCACAAACCAUGCUUCUUGGUCAAAUAUUCGAGUUCGAUUCCCCUCUUAUCUUCGAGGCAUCACCUAUUCGCCACUACUCACUUGGUAGCGUAGGUGAAGUCCGCCUUGCCAAGCCUGGCAACAGGACCGAAGAGGGCGGUAGCGAGCGUUGGGAACACGUCCUUCAGUACGACUUUGAUUUAAUUGUUCGUGGCGUCAUGAAAUACUCUUUGCCCAUCAGCUCAAGGCUAAGAAAGGUGAACAUCGCUGGCAGCGUCAUUGUCCACCCCAGCGAUGGUAUCAGCGGGUCAGGUACCACGAAUGUGCAGCAACGAACGGGACCAUUCGAACAGGGUAGUAAUGUCUUGGUUGAACGGUCCCUUCAGGACAAUGGUCUGAGGGUUCGCUUUGAUGCCUAA